AGGACUUCCCCUCCCCUCCCCCCUCCUGCAGCAAGGGCCGCGCCCCUCCCCCCCAGCUCCGGGCGCCGGCGUGGAGCUGCUCCCGCCCCGCCGGUCCACGCCCUUGGGUCCGUUGGGGGGCCGGCGUCCGCAGGGCCCCCUGGUGCCAUGCUGUCGCGCGUCGCGAAGAAGCGGCAACGAGAGCGGCAGGCGGGCGCCGCCGCGGAGGCGCCCCGCGGGCCGCCCCGCAAGCUGGCGAGGAGGGCCGCCGCCGUGGCGGGCUCGGCCUCCGCGGCGCUGCGGGUACGCGAGAGCGCGCUGUUCCGCCCAGGCCGCGCCAUCGGCGUGGUGACCGACAGGGUGCCGUUUGCCCACGCCUCGCUGGGCAGCGCAGACUUCCUGACGGUCGGCAUUGGGCGCGGCUUCCAGGUGUUCGACUGCAAGAAGCUCCGCCUUGCGUACAUCGGCCCGCGCCUGAAUGAGAAGGUGCGUACGCUGCUGUGCGUGGGCGAGGUCGUGCUGACCGCCCUCAAGGCGGACAUCGUAGCCUGGCACAAACUCGUGGAGCUGGGCCGCUUCCGAGGGCACAAGAGCGCGGCGGGGGUGCUCUGCGCCGUCGGCGCCGCGUACCUUGUCUCCGCCUCGCGGACAGAGGUGCUGGUCUGGCGGCUCUCGGACGUCGGCCUCGAGCCGCCUGUGGACGCGUCUGGGAGUGCGCAGAAGCCCGCCAAGUGCGUCCUGAGCGCCCUGGGGCGCCUGGAGACGGCCGACGACUUCGGCACUUGCACGGCCGCGUGCCACAUGCCCACCUACCUGCACAAGGUGCUGCUGGGCAGCGACUCUGGCGGCCUGGUGCUUUGGAACGUGCGCACGCUGCAGCGGGUGCACCAGUUCCGCGCCCACACCGCAGACGGGAGGGCGAGCAGCGCCGUCACUUGCCUGCAGGAGGUGCCCAACGUGCUCGACCUGGUGGCCAUGGGCUUCGCCAGCGGGCGCAUCUGCAUCCUGCACGCCAAGGAGGACCGCGUCGUCAGCGAGUUUGAUCAGACACAGGGCCGCGUCACCGCGCUGAGUUUCCGGACUGGUGCCUCGGCGCCCGCCCAGAUGGUCAGCGGGUCGCCGAGCGGGACUCUGGUGGUCUGGGACCUCCAGAAGCGACGAGCCCACCACGUGAAAGACGCGGCGCACCACGGUCAGGUCGUGUCGGCCUGCUUCCUGCCGGGGCAGCCGCUGCUGUUCACGUCGGGCUGCGACAACGCCAUCCGCCUGUGGGUGUUCGACACGCCGGACGGGCUGCCCAGGCUGCUCCAGACGCGCAGCGGGUGCCCGGGAGCCUGCCGGUGGAUCGGCUUCUACAGCACCAGCGACGACAAGGAGCUGAUCGUGGGCGGCGGCGCGGGGGAGCGCGGCUUCGUCUCCAAGGUCUCGUUCAUUCAGGCAUCGCUGGGGCCUGCGCAGAGCGUCCAGGUCCUCGGGCUCAGAGGCAUCGCUGGGGCCUGCGCAGGGCGUUCAGGCGCUCGGGCUCAGAGGCAUCGCUGGGGCCUGGCGCAGAGAGUUCAGGCGCUCGGGCUCCAGAGCGCCCACGUGCUCUGGAGCACUUUUCAGAGCGUCCGCGCGCCCUGGAGCACUUUUGAGAGCGCCCACUUGCUCUGGGGCAUUUUUCAGAGCGCCCACUUGCUCCGGGGCAUUUUCCAGAGCGCCCACUUGCUCUGGUCGCCUGGACGAGAGGAUAACGAGCUGGCGCGCUCGGCGGGCCGCUGCAGAAAAGUACAGAUCGGCGCUUGUUAUAAUCUGCGGAAGCUGGGGCUGUCGGGCAGGCUCGUUGGUCCGAUGUGUGAGGAUGUGCUGCGGCUCAAGCUGGACGACUUCUUGGCCCCCGGCCCCGCGGUGCAGCAGCCGCAGCAGGGUGACUUCCAGCAGGCCAUGUCCAUGGAGGAGCAGAUGCAGAUGAUGCAGUGGAUCUGCUCGGUCGGGAUAGGCCAGAUGCAGACCGACCCCAGCAUGGGCGCCGCGGGCUUCCUGCCCCAGCCCGACGGCCAGGCGUGCGGCAUGCCAGCGCAGGCCUCCCUGGUCGCCGGCCAGGUGUUCGCCCCCCAGGACUACCUCGGCCAGCUCCACGUGAACCCGAGCGCGGUGCCGCCCGUGGCCGACGCCCCGGCCGUGCCCUUCGUGCCCAGCGGCGCGUUCGACGUGGCCGCCGGCGCGUUCCAGAUGCCGUUCAUGCCAGCUCAGGCACCGCCGCCGCCGCCGCUGCAGCCGGUGCCCGCGCUGUUCGCGCAGCCGGCGCAGGCGCAGGCGACGGGCACCGUGCUGCAGGCGCCAGCGCAGCCUCCGCAGCCACAGGCAGCGGCAAUGCAGAUCCAGAAGCUCUUGCAGAUGCAGCAGCCAGGGCAGCCUGUGAUGCCACUCGCGCAGCCACCUGGGCCACAGAUGCCGCAGAUGUUGUCCGCAGCCGACGCCGCGGUCCUUGCCGCGGCGUUCCCCGCUGUGGCAGGCCCCGGCACCGCCCCAGCACCAGCGCCUGCCGCCGCGGCGGCGAGCGUCUUCGCCCCCAGCUCGAGCGGCGCGCGUUGGGCGGACGAGCAGGAGGCCAUGACGGCCCCCAUGGCGCUGCCGCCGUUCCCAGUCCCGAUGUUCCCCCCUGCCGCGGAGCCAGGAGCCGCGGCACAGCCGCCCGCCGGCCGCAUCAGCAUCUCCGUCGGGCACUUCCCCGAGCCGGGCGCGGCCACGACGACGGCGCCCCGGCCCCCGGCCUGCGGGGCAUAGGUCAGGAGGGGACAAAGCACACAGACACAAGUAAUCGUCGAUUCCCCAGAGAAUAUGGGAAAAUAUGGGCAGUGGGGGGAAGACAGGAACCCUGAAAGUGUGGGGAAU